GUUUCCACCAUUGCUCUUGUAUAUCAGUCAAAUUUUAAUAUUCUACACAAUUUUUUCAAUAUUUUAUUUCCUACUUCAGGUUUUGCAGACUAUAUCCUUGACCAAGGGGAGCUGGAUGCAAAAUAUGCUGACCUAAAAAUAAAAGAAAAUGAGUUCUUUAAGAAUAAUAUUCGUGUGAGCAUCUUCAACUUCAAAGAGAACCUCGGUCGCUUGUAUAAGCCGGUGAAUAAGACACGUUGGGACAUGUCUCCACCCACAGUAAAUGCUUAUUAUUCUCCAACAAGGAAUGACAUUGUCUUCCCAGCGGGUAUACUCCAGGCACCAUUCUUCUACAAUGACAAUCCUAAGUCACUCAACUAUGGUGCAGUGGGUGUAGUCAUGGGACAUGAGCUGGCACAUGCCUUUGAUGAUCAAGGAAGAAAGUAUGACAAGGAUGGCAACUUAAACCAAUGGUGGCAACAGGAGACUGCAGAUAAAUUCAAGGACCUAACUCAGUGCAUGGUAGAACAGUACUCAGGAUACAGCCUACGAGGAGAGCAUUUAAAUGGCAAACUAACAUUGGGUGAGAAUAUAGCUGACAAUGGAGGACUUAAAGCAAGCUUCCGGGCCUACCUGGAAUGGGUGAAAGAGAAUGGGGAAGAGAAAGCUCUACCAGGUAUCUCCCUAAACCACCAGCAACUCUUCUUCCUUGGCUUCUCUCAGGUUAGAUCAUCAAUCUUUUUUAAUGUGUCUUAGAUGAGGCCAGAGAAU